AAUCAGGGGGCGGGUCUAAGAAGUUGUAAGUGGCAAAUUCAAACUGAACAUGGCGGCUGAGAAAGAUAAUGAAGAAAACAAACAGAGCAGAAGGGGAACAGUAUGUAACAUAGUCAUAAGCCAGGACAUGCCUCAAAGCCAGCCGGUUAUUUUCAACCCUGAUUUCUACGUGGAGAAACUGAGGCAUGAGAAGCCCCAGGUUUUCACUGAGCUCUUGCUGAGUAACAUAAGCAGGAUCAUUGAUUUACCCGGAGCAGAAUUUGCACAGCUCCAGGGAGAUGCAGACCUCAAGCUCCCCGCUUCCUCAGGCUUCCUGCGCUUACCUAACUUCCUGAAGCGCAAAGAGAAAGGAGUGAUAUUCGGAGCACCGUUAACCGAGGAGGGUAUUGCCCAAAUUUACCAGCUUAUAGAGCACCUUGGAAAAAACCUACAUGUGGAGGGCCUGUUCCGUGUGCCGGGGAACAGCAUCAGACAGCAGGCGCUGAGGGAGUUACUCAACAGUGGCGCAGAUGUCGAUCUGGACACGGGGGAUUACCAUCCACAUGACGCGGCCACGCUGCUAAAGGCCUUCCUGGGGGAGCUGCCCGAGCCACUGCUGACUCAUCGCCAUUACCAUGCACAUCUCAAAAUAGCCGAGAUCACGCUGUUCGAUGAGAGAGGCAACAAGACGUCCGUGCCGAACAAAGAGCGUCAGAUCGAAGCGCUGCAGCUUCUCUUCAUGCUGUUGCCUCCAGCCAAUCGCAGCCUCCUCAAACUGCUGUUGGACCUGCUCUAUCAGACCGCCAAGCAACAAGACAAAAACAAAAUGUCCGCCUUCAACCUAGCACUCAUGUUUGCACCACACAUCAUAUGGCCCAAAAAUGUGACUGCAAAUGAUCUGCAAGACAACUUGAAUAAGCUGAACAACGGCAUCGCGUUUCUUAUCAAGCACUCGCAGAAGUUGUUUCGGGCACCAGCAUACAUAAAAGACCACGCACGGAUGCUCUUCUCCGGCUCCGAAACUCCUCAAUCGAAGGAUGACCUGGCUCUGUACGCUGUAGCCGGUGUCCGAGGCCUGCCCUCUAAGAGAAGCAAUGAGGAGGAUGGCGGCGAAAACCAGCAACACACACAGGAGGCUCUGCGUGAGCUUUUUCAGCAUGUCAGCAGCAUGCCGGAUUCCACAAAGAAAAAGAAACUCAUCCGACAGUUUAACAAGCAAGGUACUCCAAUACGUGAAAGCCCUAGAUCUUCAAGCCAAAAGCAUGGGCGCUCCCGGUCCUUUGGAGGUCUCAUCAAGAGAAAAGUGUUGGGGAAUCAGGUUACAGUCGAGAGAGCUGGAUCUGGGACAAGCCAAACCAAAGAGGGUUCCACAGCCGUCAAAAGAACUCCUCUCUCUCCGGCUGAGCGCUCUAGUUUAAGCCUGUAGAUUUUAAUUUUGUAAAUGAAUUUUGGAUCAGGUUUGGGUAUUAGUAUUUAUUUGGGCUAAGCAAACGUGACCUCCAUUAUGCAAACAAGAUGAAUCUCCAGACCCAGUCCAUUACAUGUGAGGUUUUGUACCAGUUGUAAAUGUCCUGAAUUGAAUUAUCUGUUUGUGAAAGAUAUUUAAAAAAGAAAAUUGUCAAAAUUGUCUCAAGCAUAAAGUCAGAAAGGUCAGGAAUGGAACGUGUAUUUAGAAAGGUCAAGUAUGUUUUUUCUUUUGGGUCUUGAACAAAAUAUAUGAGAGAGGUUCAGGGUGCUGUAUGAUGCAUGUAUUUGAAACUAGCGCUAGCUUGGCUAGACAUCGGUCGUGUCGUAUUUUGACGGACUACAUAGUAUGAAUACUACGUGGUCUAAUUUGCAGGCUACACAGUUAGUGUUAUUUAGAGCUGUUACACUGAAAUGUUUAUCUGAGCGGAUCUGGAAAGUUUGGUAGGGAGAUAAAGGAUAUGAAAUUUCCGUAUCUGAAUUUCUUAAUGCAUUAUCACUCCAAAUCACAUUAUAGAAGUUCAGCUUUGUGAACAGUGAUAUAAAAAAGUGUAUUUUUAAAAAAAAUCUCCCUUGAUUUAUCGUUUUUUGGCAUGAAUUAGUAUUCAUUUGAACAAAGACUCUUCAUUUGGGAUGAUCUUAUUUUUUUUCUGAGGGAAGGGUAACAUUUUCAAUUUGGGAGAUUUUUAUUUAUUUUAUUUUAACGUUUUAAAUGUGAAUAAGCUUGAGCCAGACUUUAUUUUAGAUCAGUCUUAUAUUUGGUUAAAUCAUCUCUUCAACUACUGUCUGUUUAUUUUUUAAGGAGUUAACCACUAUUUCAUUUUGAGAUCGUUUAAGUUAUUUCUUUUAAUAUUUUUUCUAUGUAAAGGUGCCUUAUUUUUUGCUUUUUUUUUUUUUGUCUCAAUGGAUAUGUGAUUCCACCAUUUUUUUUUUUUUUUCCUCCUGUGGUUGGUGACAUCACAUUUGUUCAUAUUUUACCUCCUGCUUUAGCAGCAAUUAAAACUAGCAUUAUAUUUCAGCGUAAGCAUGUGGAUCGACGUUACCAUAUGUGGGUUGAAAGUCAUAGCUGUAUUGUACAUUCCCUUCAGCUUUUGACAUUAAAAG